GAAAACAAAUCAAAUACAACACAAAAAUGGGCUAUUCUAAAUUGAAAAAUGAUGAAGAAAAAGCAAAAGAACAAUUUAAAGGUAAAUCUACAAUGCAGGCAGCUAAAUACAAAGUAGAGGAGGAGGAAGAGAAGAGUGAAGAGGAAGAUGAUAGUGAUGAUAAUAGUGAAGAUGAUAGUGAAGAUGAUAGUGAAGACGAGGAGCAAAUAACUCAUAAGAAUGUACAAGUGGAGUGUCUAGAUGAUUAUGAAGGUGAAUGCGAGGAGGAUUUGUCCUUCAAAAAAGGAGAAAUUUUAUCUAUUAUUAAUACAAGAGAUGAUGGUUGGUGGGAGGCAGAAAAUAAAGAUGGAAAAAGAGGAUUGGUACCUAAAACUUUCCUUAAGGUUAAAAAAGAAAUAAAGAAUAGCCUUUCAUUUUGGGGGGAUAGAAAAUCAAAAAAUAAUGAAGAAAAACAUGAAAAAGUCAAAGAAGAACUUGAAAGAGAUGAUGGUUGGUGGGAGGCAGAAAAUAAAGAUGGAAAAAGAGGAUUGGUACCUAAAACUUUCCUUAAGGUUAAAAAAGAAAUAAAGAAUAGCCUUUCAUUUUUGGGGGAUAGAAAAUCAAAAAAUAAUGAAGAAAAACAUGAAAAAGUAAAAGAAGAACUUGAAAGUAAACUAAAGGUAGCUAGAGAAAAAAGUGAGGAGAAGAAAAAUGAGGAAAGUGAAGAGGAAAGUGAAAGUGUAGAGGAAGAGGAAAUAGAAGAGGAAGAGGAAAGUGAAGAGGAAAAUGAAAGUAAAGAGGAAAAUGAAAGUAAAGAGGAAAAUGAAAGUGAAGAGGAAGAGGAAAUAGAAGAGGAAGAGGAAAUAGAAGAGGAAGAGGAAAGUGGAGAGGAGGAGGAAAGUGAGGAUGAGGAGAAAACAUCUACUGAGGGCUCUUAUAUGGAGGGACUUGUUGAUUUUAAAGGUGAACAGGAGGGGGAUCUGUCAUUUAAACAAGGAGAAAUUUUAACCAUCAUUAGCAGAAGAGUAGAUGGUUGGUGGGAGGCUGAAAAUAAAGAAGGAAAAAGAGGAACUGUACCCAAGACCUUCCUUAAAGUAUCAAAGAGUGAACCGUGAAUAAGUUGUAGAGUUGAUUUUGUAUUGGAAACCCUUGACUAGUGAAGAUGAUAAAAACUGUGUAACAAAUGCAAAUACUUG